AUGCUCGCCGCCUCCUCGUCCAGUCAAUUCAACCACUCGCUCGCCUCCAUCGACCGAAAUGGCGAACUCGGGCAGUCGACUCAGUCCUCCGGCUCGUACGACUUCCUGCCCUCGGUCAACUUCGACGACCUCCAGACGAGCAUCGAGUCCGCCUCGACUGAGUUCAAGUUGACGCAGUUCCCCUCCCCGACUGGAGAAGGCAGCAUUCUCGAGCCCAACGGCAAGCCAUUUGCCGAAAAGAAGCUGCCAGACAAGCCGGCCAUGCCUCAGGUCGCAAGCCAAGCGCGGGUCUCCAACCCGCCGUUGGCGAACAAGCCGGGGCGCUCCGGCUCCAUCCUGCGGAGGCCUAGCACGUCUAGCAGACAUACCAGCACCUCGUCCAUGCUUUCCUCGAGUUCCGCCACCCUCGACGGCUCCGGUGCUGCACCGCCCUCCCGCAACCGCAGGCAGAGCCAUUACCCGCCCAUCUCCAACACAAACGUGGUCCCCAAGCCUGUCCGGAAAUCAAUCAGCCAGGUAAUGACAGCGGAUGCGGACGCCCCCACGCGUAAUGUUCCGGCACGUCGUCCUAGUCUGUUGGGCGAAAAGGGCUUGAGCGGGGACUCGUCUCGCAGGUCCAUCGACGGCGGCUCUGGGACUGUGCCCGAUGUGCCACGCAACAUGGCAAACUCGAGGGCCGCAAAGGCAAAGUCGGUGCAGCCACCUAUGCGACCCAGUCAGGCAAAUCUAUUGGCAGGGUCCAACCUGACUCCUGAGCACAACCGGUUGUCAACAUUGGCGCCCCGUUCGCCACGUGUCGGUGGCAGAGGCAUGACCCCCUCGUCUGGAGGGAAGCGCGCCUCCGUAAUGCCUGGGUCUCACCACUCCUCGCAUGCGACCGGCUUGGGUGCGCGCACCAUCAGCCCUACCGAUACUCGACGGAUGAAGCGAUUGUCCACGAUGCCACAGUCGCAGAGCCUCAAUUUCCUGGCCAGCGUCCCCCCUCCACCUCCCGUCUCUAUGGACACGCGCGCAGACUCCCGCUCGCCUUCCAUGAUUCCCCGGAAGGCAUCUGGAACCCCUUCUUCGUCCCGGACGACGCCGGAGAUUAGCAACCGAAAGUCGUACAGCUCCGGGCUGUCCAUUGGCUCGACAACGAGCUUCAACACGGUGCGGACCUCGACGGGCUCGCUGCAGCCUCGCCUCCCUCAAUCGAUGUCGACGUCCCGCUUGCCUGCGCCCAAGCACACCACGGUGCACAGCUCUCAUGCUGCCGAAGACGAUGAGGAUGUUCCUCCAGUCCCGGCGAUCCCAAAGGCUUACGAGUCUCCCAAGGAUUCGCCCGCGGACACCUAUUUCAUGGAAAAGAAGAAAACGGGCUUGAGCACCGUCGACACGAUUGCCAGCUUUGGAAACUCGACCGGAAGCAUCACGAUGCCUGUCUUGCCAGAGCCCACAAAGGUGCAGCACAGGGCCAGUGCUCGGAAGAGCUCCAUAAUGCCGUCGACCGGCCUGGAAGAUACCACGGGCGUUCAAAUGAAGAAACAGCUGCAGCCUCUGAGGCUGCCGCCCCUCAAUAUCGGGCCGCUGAAUCUUCCCACGAACCCAAAGUCACUCACUUCCAGUGAUUACACAAGUUCCGGUCGGGCGCUGAGUCCCCCACCUUCGAGACAACUGCCGAAGACGCCCACGACACCAAUGACGGCUUCGAAGAGCUCCUUCUUCUCCAAGAGCAAAUACGAUGAGACCAUCGAGAUGCCGUCGCUCAGAAGUAGUAGCUCAGUUCACCAUGCUCACAGGUCAACCCCAACUCCGCCAGAUGGAGACUCGUCAGAUUCGUCCAUCAGCAUUUCCGAGUCGAAGCAGAAGGCGAGCAUCUCGCCGUUCCUGUCAUCUUCGCUGCCAAAAGGUGGCUUUGAGCAUGGCUUCCUCAAGCGGUCCAAAACUGGCGGCGACUAUGCUACGCUGACUGGUAAUGCGUUUGACGACAGGGCCCACCCGAAGCCUGCCGGGCCAAGGGAGCCAAACAUGGACAAACCGGUUCCGAAAUCUCCCCCGCCUGCUCCCGCACGCGAGGAGCCACAGACGCCCACGUCGAAGAGCUCUCUAAGGAGGAAGCUGAGCUUGACAUGGAAGCGUGGCAAUUCCAAGGGCAGUCUUACGGGCGCCAUGGAAAUGGACAAGCCCGGAACGCAUCAGCAAAGCAAGCAAGAGACCAUGCCCCCACCGCGUAUUCCGACGUCUGCGACGACUAGCAGCCUGUCGACCGCGAAGCAUCCCGACCCGUCCCCAGUUGUCGGCGCAAACGGUAAAUACCUCGAAUCGCGGAGGCGGAAGAGCUCCGCCGCGAGCCUUACCAACUACGCGCCUCAUGAUCGAGUGAGGAGCGACACUUGGGCCAGCAAGAAGGAGGGUACGGAAGCCGCUGCUCCUGCAUCUCGCAACCAGGGGCCUGCCAACAGGACGAUUCGACCAAGGACAUCAAUGACCACUAUGCGCAGCGCACUGUAUUCCGCCGCGGAUCUGGACAAGGACGACAUGGUGGCAGAGGAGGAGAUGCGAAAGAUGGGCUCGAGACGCAAAGAGACUGAGGUCGCCGCCCGUGCAUUGGAUGCCUUGAGAAAGCGCGCGACGCCCAAGGAGCGCGUCGGCGCACACGAGGCCGUCCGCAUCGCCAUGCUCAACAUCUACGAGCGGGGAGAGAUUAUCGACUUCGACGACAUCUACUUUUGCGGCACGCAGAACGCCCACAAGGUCGUGGGCAACGUGCAGUCGGACGCACCAAAUUUUGGCUACGAUGACGAGCGCGGAGACUACACUAUCGUCCCAGGAGACCACCUCGCCUACAGAUACGAGAUCAUUGACGUUCUUGGAAAGGGUAGCUUUGGACAAGUAGUCCGAUGCAUCGACCACAAGCUCGGUGUGCUCGUCGCUGUCAAGAUCAUCCGGAACAAGAAGAGGUUUCAUCAGCAGGCUCUCGUCGAGGUCAACAUUCUUCAGAAACUCCGCGAAUGGGACCCGAAAAACAGGCACAGCAUGGUCAACUUUACUCAGCACUUUUACUUCCGCGGUCAUCUUUGCAUCUCGACGGAGCUGCUCGACAUGAACCUCUACGAGUUCAUCAAGGCCCACUCGUUCCGCGGGUUCUCCUUACGAAUCAUUCGGCGCUUCAGCAAGCAGAUUUUGAGCUCGCUGAUUCUGCUCAAACAGCGCAAGGUGAUUCAUUGCGAUUUGAAACCCGAGAACAUCUUGCUGCGGCACCCCCUCCAUUCCGAGAUCAAGGUCAUCGAUUUCGGCUCUAGCUGCUUCGAACACGAGAAGGUGUACACGUACAUUCAGUCCCGGUUCUACCGAUCGCCAGAGGUCAUCCUCGGCAUGACAUACGGCAUGCCCAUUGACAUGUGGAGCGUCGGAUGUAUCUUGGCGGAGCUCUACACGGGUGUCCCUAUAUUCCCUGGCGAGAAUGAACAGGAGCAGCUUGCCUGCAUCAUGGAGGUUUUCGGUCCGCCGGAAAAGCAUUUGAUCGAGAAGAGCACCCGGAAGAAGCUCUUCUUUGACUCGAUGGGUAAGCCGCGACUGACUGUGUCGUCUAAGGGACGCAGGCGGCGGCCAUCAUCGAAGACGCUGCAGCAGGCGCUCAAAUGUGACGACGAGGCCUUCAUCGACUUUCUGGCGCGCUGCCUGCGGUGGGAUCCAGACCGGCGGCUCAAGCCCGAGGAAGCGAUACGGCACGAGUUUAUUACGGGCCAAAAGCCAACGGCGCCUAUCCCGCGUCUCCCAGCGCGAGAUCCAUCUCCAGUCAAGCGCUCCAACACGGUGAGCGCGCCACGGCCGCUGCCGGAUCCGCCAGGGGCCAUGGGCAGGGGGUUGAACGCGGUGCGAACCGGAGUCAGCCCCCACAAGCCCGUCUCAGGGCCAACAAGCCGGAGGGUGUCUGGCGCGACAGCCGCCACGGCCGCCAGCAUCAACAGGCGGACCAGCGCUGGCGGCGGAUCCAUCAGCGGAUCCAUCAGCGGCUUGCCACGUGCGGCCAUUAGGACGGCGAGCGGGAAGCAGGACCUUGCCGCAGCGGGGGCCAGCGCAGCCAUGAGCCGCAAGGCGUAA